GGCUUUGAGCUGUCCAUCUCUAAGGCAAUUUAUUUGUAUUUUUGCAAAGUAUAAACAAUGGCCAGCGAGGACCUAUUUCCGCAGGAAUUAUCCGAAGAACAGGACCUGGAGCAAGAACAGGCUAUGGAAACAGAGCCUGUAGAUUCCGAGCCAACAGAAGAACCCCCAGAAGAGCUUGACGCUGAAGAAACAGAGAAGGAUCCCCCAUCUGAAAAUGGAACCGAAAACACAGCCGAAAAGCCUGCAACCAAUGGUGUAAAGCCAACUGAUCACGAAAGCGACUCCAAAAUCACGCAACUUCCUUUGGCCCGCAUACGAAACAUCAUGAAACUGGACCCCGAUCUGCAUCUGGCCAACAGCGAGGCUGUGUUCACAUUGACCAAGGCCGUGGAGCUUUUUAUUGCCUCUCUGGCGAGGGAGUCCUAUACGUACACCGCACAAUCCAAGAAGAAAACCAUCCAAAAGAGAGACGUGGACAUGGCCAUAUCCGCCGUCGACAGCCUGAUGUUCCUAGAUGGAGCCAUGAACUUCUAAGCACUCCCUGUGAUUAUCCCAUAUAACCAAGACCCGUCAUCCCUUAAAUUAAAAACAUGUAUCGUUUA